AUGGGUCGAAAUCGAGCUCUGGACUUGUCUUUGAUCGUCCGCCACUUCUCUGCGGGCACAAAGACACCGCCACCCUCAACUUCUCCUCCGUCAAAUUCACCUCACAGACCGGGGCAUCGCAAGACGAACUCUGGUACAGAACCCUUUCCCGACCACCGAGUCAGUACCGACAUUUCUCGGCCAAACACACCGCCUUCGCGGCCAGAUUAUGGCACUCCCAUAAACGGCGGCUCCCCGAUCGAACCUUCUGCUCGCCGAAGACGCAGCUCAUCUGCUGCAUCAUCACGACCCCCGUCCAUGGUCCUGGCUCAUCAACCAGCCAUCAUGGAUAUCACGGAGGAUACGAUCCCCGAACUGCAGCCUAUCUUUUCAUUCCUCAACAGCCAUUCCAACAAGCUGUACCAAGAGGGUUAUUUCCUCAAGCUCGAUGACCAGAAUACACAAGGCAAACCCAACCCUGAUAGAACCUGGACAGAGUGUUUUGCCCAGCUUGUGGGAACCGUCUUGUCACUCUGGGAUGCCGCAGAACUCGAUGCAGCUGGCGAAGACGGCGAAGUCUUGCCUAAGUUUAUCAACUUGACAGAUGCCUCAAUCAAAAUGAUCGAGUCGCUGCCUACAAGAUCUUCAGACGAGCAACCGCUACAGAACAUCCUGAGCAUUUCAACGGCUGGAAGAAACAGAUAUCUCCUCCAUUUCAACUCGCGACACUCGCUGCUGCAAUGGACUGCUGGCAUUCGACUAGCUAUUUUCGAGCACUCCUCUCUGCAGGAGGCCUAUACUGGCGCUCUGAUUGCAGGCAAGGGCAAAUCGCUCAACAAUAUUGGUGUCAUCAUGGAGAGGGCACGAUUCCCCACCGAAGAAUGGGUUAGAGUCCGAUUCGGCGCUGGUGUACCUUGGAGACGAUGCUGGUGUGUUAUCACCCCUCCUGACGAAAAGCAGUAUGCAAAACUCCAGAAGGAGCUUAAGAAGAGGUCUCCUUACGAUCGAUCGCCUGUGCCCACACUCAAGGGAGAUGUUAAGUUCUAUGACCAGCGAAAGGAUGGCAAGAAGCAGAAGAAGAUGCAGCCAAUCGCUACCAUCACCGACGCCUACUCUGCCUAUGCCAUCUAUCCCCAGUCCAAGUCAUUGAUUGACGCGUCGACCUUACUCAAAGUUGAGGGUAACAUUGCUAUUCACACUGAUCCCCCCUCGUCUACCGAAGGGUUCGUCUUCAUCAUGCCUGAAACUCACCCUGCUGUCAGCGGAUUCGAGAUGCUGCUGCGUUUCCUCUUUCCUACCUGGGAUACCUUUGGUCUUUACGGCCGACCUGGUAGACUUGUUGCCAGCACACUUGACUCCAGAUCUCUCAUGUUUGCUAUGCCUAAGAGCCGGCGCUAUGGUUAUCUUGAGAAUUUGGAUGUUUCCAACCUCAUUCUUGAGGAUGGUAGCUCUGGAUGGGGCGAGAGAGAUUGGAGAAAGAAGCUCAAGGACUGCACCGGCACUCGCAUGAAUGCUGUAGAUGAUGCACCCACGACACGUUCUCGAAGCAACAGUCGAAAGAGUGUUCGACUAAGCUUUGGUGAUGGACCUCCAAAACCCAAGGCCGGAUUUUCGGAUGAACAAGUCCCGACCAGAUCCUCGCGAUCAUUCUCUCUCACUGAUCGCACUCGAACAGACUCAGCUCCCGCAGAUCCUGCGAGGGUUGCCUUCGGAGGACAUGGCCGUAACUCAUCCGACCCCAACCAAUUGGGAGGCCCUCCUCUCCGUCCUGGUACCAAUGGUAAUAGCCCUUACUCAGGCUCGCCACAACGUGGACAAACUCCGGUUGGCGCUCCGCGCCAUAACCAAGCUUCACGUGACGAGAGUCCCGCUUACCAGAAUGAACGAGCCCCCUCUGGCUCUCCUCCCCUGAAAGACCUGGAUGGUAUGCGUCAGAUGCAUACUCCUGAACCAGUCUCACGACCCCCAGCCUUUAGCCACGGGUCCCAGGCUCGCCCUGUCAGCAGAGCCUAUCAUUCGCCUGAGCUUAGGCGGGCUAAUAGUAGGCUUUCUGUCACAACUCUGGCCCAGCUUGCCACAGCUGGAGGAUUGGGUGGCCAAAACGAUUCAAAUCCUUCUCCACGAGGGGAUGAGGUGGACGCUGCAAGAUCUGGACCAUCGGUACUGCCACCACACGCCAACUCCGUAGGGAUAUCUGCUAACGACAACCGUUCGCGUGAAGCUUUAAGCCCACUGAAUCAGGAUCCCUCUUUCAACAGUCUUCCUCCUCCGGCAAACUUAUCCCAACAACGAUCACGAUCGCCACUGGCCCAGCCCCCGCUUGGGCCUCCUAGUGCAUAUGGCCGCGGGCCUAACUCCCGUCCUGGAACUUCAGAAGGACGGCGAUCUCCGAUGCCUCCCGGUAUGCCACCUCAACAACGACCUCCCCAUCCUCAAAAUGCCAACCGUCGGCCUGACAUGGGCCCUGAUGGCCGCCGACCGUCUGACCCUCGACGGCCUGGCCCUGACGGACGAAGACCAUCGGAUCCUCGGGGUCCUGGCUUUGAUGGGCGUAGACCUUCAGACCCUCGAGGUCGUGGCAAUGGUCCUCCUCCUGGCCACAUGCCUCCGCCACCUGGCCCCCAUGGUAAUUAUCGUCCCGGACCAGGGCGCCCCGGACCUCCUGGACCACCUCCGGGUUAUCGCCCUACCGGACCUCCUCAUGGACCACCGGGACCAAUGGGCCACCGAAAGCCUGUGCCAGGCGGACCGCCCCCACCUGCGCCUUUUGAAAAUUCCAAGGGAAACACUAUGUCGGGAAGCAGUGGCAUCACCACGAAUGAGAUAAUUGACCAUUAUGCGUUCGAUCAAGGUCGUCAGACACCUCGGCAAGGCACACCGAACUCAGAGAGGCGGCCGGGACCCCCAGGCAGGCAAGAAAGCCACAUGAGCAACCAAAGCAGUCAUUAUGAGGAUAAUUCUCCCACCAGCAGCCUCAAGAACUUUGUAGAUACAUACCAAUACAGCGAACCAAAGCCCCGAGCCGGUGUCCUGAAGACUGUCGGUGGCGCUGAGGAGCCCGAUCCUCGAGACCCUGGCUUUGAUAUACCAGAUAUCAAUUUCGGCCCGACCAUUAAUUACGCAGCCACCAAGGACCGCAGUAAAACACCCAGCGCUCUGACUCCUGGCGGCUCAUCACAGAGACCGCAUACACCCGGGGGUCAAGGACCAACGCCCCCACCUCAUAAAUAUUCGGGUUCUCAGGGGUCUCUAGGACGUAAGGAAUCCCCAGAUCCAAAGCGCACCAUGGCAUGGCAGCCCGGCGCAUCAACUCCUCCGAGCAAUGCACACGGGUUAAGCCCCGAAGAGUUUGUGCAGCAAAGGGCAGCUCAUGCUCGCAGUGCAUCCGGCAACACUUUGGGCGGCUCACCCAGCCCAGGCAUAAAACGAACUAGUUCUUCUGACAUGCUACACGCUAUUCAGAACGGCCGCCACUCUCGCAGCAGUUCUGCUGAUCUGCUUGCACGACCUGGAUCGCGGGGUGCUAGUUCGACCUUGAACUUUGCAAGCUCUGGAGAAACAUCUAGCCACCUCAGUGCUCGGGAGCAGGAGCAUGUUGCCCGCCUCACAGGCCAGCCGUUGAUCAGUAUGCCAGGACAUCAGAGACAGGGUUCCCAGGGUAGUUUUAUGCCUGGCCACCAGAGGCAAGCUUCCUCUGGAUCAGGGUUAGUUGGUGCUAUCGAGGCCCGGGAACGAGAAAAGCAACAGAUGAAGCAAGGAGUGAACAGCCAGGCAGUCCAGCAUGCGAUCAGCCAGCGUCAGCAGCAACAGGCUGCCAUGGCGUACCAGCAGCAAAUGGCGCAGCAACAAAUGGCUCAGCAGCAAAUGAUGCAACAGCAUAUGGCCCAACAGCAACAGAUUUCGUACCAGCAGCAGGCUCAACAACAACAAAACUACCAGCAGGGAUAUCAACAGCCAAUGAUGGGUGCUGGUAACAUUCCCCCAUACAGCCCCAUGGGCCAGCCAGCUGGUCAGUACACUCCCGGUGGAUCGCCGUACGGACCGGCAACUCAGCAGAUGGGAGGAGUUGGACAGCCGAACAGUUUCUCGCGACCACUCCGGGCUGCGCAGCAGGUCGACCCUCGCUUCGUACCACCUCAGGGUCAAUACGGCCCAUCGCCUGGAGCUCAGCAGACCACUCGAAACGUUCAUCCCCAGUAUCAAGGACAGGCGUUUUAG